UCCAUUUUUGUCCGGUGCUCUUGCUCGUGUUGUUGUGCUUUUUAGCACCACAUACGAGAAGUUCGUACGUGCGAUGUGACAGGAGGUGAGCAGAGCAUGGCCUGCUACGCACCCAUGUCCAGAUCCGUUCUGCGGCUGGACAAGUUUCUCAACAAGAAAUUCGUAGAGCGGCUUCUGGUCGGGCCCAGGUUGUGCGCCAGCCGACAUGCCUUCCUCUGGUGCGACCGGCUGCACACGGUACGGCUGCUGGCCAGCAGAAACCAGCAGUUGUUUGAGCGGAGGUCCCUCUUUUACCCUGAAACUCUAACGGAAGCAUGGCCGGGUCAGCGGCGCCUGUACUCGAGUCAGGAGGCGGACAAGAAGGGUCUGCACAUGGGGAGGACGACCAAGGACAACCUGAUCAAGGACGUCAUUCAAAUGAAGAAGGACCAGUUCUUGGAGAGGGAAAAAAGGCUAAGGGCGACAGGGCAGAACAUCCUGAAUGACAUCAGGGAGACAAAGGACAAGAUGAAGGAGAGGAUGGGUGUCAUCGAAAGGGAAAACAUCUGGACAAUCCCGAACAUUCUUUGUAUUUCUCGGAUUGUGGCAUCUCCAUAUCUUGGCUACCUCAUCGUUCAGGGAGACUUUCCUAUGGCCCUUGGAGUUUUCACAAUCGCUGGAAUCACAGAUUUGCUUGAUGGAUGGAUAGCCAGGAAUUUUGACCAAGCAUCUAAGCUCGGGAGCUUCCUUGAUCCACUGGCAGACAAAAUUUUAAUCAGUGUGUUGUUUGCUACGCUCACAGUCGCUGGACAUAUUCCCAUUGCCCUGACUGGCCUAAUAAUCGGUCGCGAUGUUCUUUUGGUCUUGGCUGGUUUUGUAAUCAGAUACAAAUCUCUGCCACCACCUAGGACACUGAAGAGGUAUUUUGACGCCACUCUUGUCACCGCACAAUUGCAGCCAACUCUAAUCAGCAAGGUCAACACUGUUGUCCAACUGUUAUUUGUGGCGUCCGUAUUGGUGGCUCCAGUCAUUUCAUACCCGUCCCAAGAUGCACUGACCACGUUUGGGUAUGUCACAGCAGCAACAACUAUAGCUUCUGCGCUUAGCUACAUCAUCGAGAGGAAUACUUUUAAAAUAAUUAGCAAGCGCUAGACUCGAAAAGUGAUAAAAUUCCUAAUUGGCAUGAGAUGCCAGCCAUUUGUUCUGCGCCAGCAUUAGAAAGGUGGUUUGUAAAUUACAAAUUUUAUAUUCAUAAACAGGAGCUUCAAAUUGAAA